AUGCCGCUCCUCGGUUUACUUGUUGCUGAAGCUUUUCCUGAAUGCUUGGGGAGGAUGUAUGAAGGGAAUCUCGUGUGGUUUUUGUGCACAGGUCGGUUGACUCGUGUGGCUGCAAGUGGACAGAAGCUCCGCUUCUAUGACGUCCGUGGGGACGGAUACCGUCUGCAAGUGAUGGCAAAUCUGGCUGACCACGAUCCCUCGACUGGCGACUUUGUGGAAAUUCACAAUGCCUUCCGCAGAGGAGAUAUUGUCGGCAUCCGAGGGUACCCAGGGAAAUCCAAACGCGGCGAGCUCUCCAUAUUCCCUCACGAGAUGAAGUUGCUUACACCGUGCUUGCACAUGCUUCCCGAACGAAACGCACUAAAGGACCUGGAUACGCGCUAUCGGCAUCGAUUCAUUGAUCUCAUCGUCAACGAUGAACCGCGCCGCAUAUUUAUCAUCAGGUCGAAGAUAACGCGCUUUAUUCGUGAUUUUUUGGAGAAGCGUGGCUUUGUCGAAGUUGAAACGCCAAUGAUGCAUCCUAUUGUUGGCGGUGCUAAUGCCAAGCCGUUCGUGACACAUCACAAUGACUUGAACACAGAUCUCUACAUGCGGAUUGCCCCUGAGCUCUACCUCAAAAUGCUUACCGUCGGUGGGAUGGACAAAGUUUUCGAGAUCGGAAAGAACUUCCGAAACGAAGGCAUCGACAUGACACACAAUCCAGAGUUCACAGCGUGCGAGUUCUACUGGGCUUAUGCGGACUACAAUGAUACCAUGAAGCUCACGGAGGAAAUGCUUUCAGAGAUGGUGAUGGCCAUCCACGGCACUUACAAGAUUCCAUUUCAUCCUGAGGGUCCGAGCGGACCUGUCGUCGAGCUUGACUUCACGCCACCUUUCCGGCGCCUUUCCCUUGUCGAAGAAAUUGAAAAGCAGGCGAAUGUCACUCUGCCAAGGCCUCUGGAUGGCGAUGAGUGUUUGAGUUGUUUGAAAGGGUUGAUGGAAAAGCACAACAUUCAGCCGCCUAACCCGGUGACUCCUGCAAAGGCAUUGGAUGCAGUAGGCGCGCACUUUGUAGAGAGCCAAUGCACCGUCAGGCCGACGUUCAUCAUCGAGCAUCCGCAGGUCAUGUCGCCGCUGGCUAAGUGGCACAGGUCUAAACCCGAAUUGACUGAGAGGUUCGAGCUUUUCUUGAUGGGGAAAGAACUGUGCAAUGCGUACACCGAACUUAACGACCCUAAGAAACAGCGCGAAUGCUUUAUGCAGCAGCUCAAGGCGAAGGAGGCCGGAGACGAUGAAGCGUGUCCCAUUGACGAGAACUUUUUGAUGGCCUUAGAAUACGGCUUACCUCCGACUUCUGGUUGGGGCAUUGGAAUUGAUCGUUUAACGAUGUUUCUGUCUGACCAGAUCACCAUCAAGGAGGUUAUCCUCUUUCCUUCGAUGCGGCCCAAGGGCAAAGAGGAGCCGAAAGACGAGAAGAGGGCUGCCUAG